GGCUGCGCGGGCGCCGCAGUCGCAGUCCCGGCGCCGCCGCUCGCGCACGCUCUCGCUCCGCGCACGCGCACUACGUGACCAGUGAAAGUUCGCUCUUCGGUUGUUUUGUUUGUUCGUUGCGCCAGUGCACCAGAGAAAGGAGGCCGGCCCUAGCCGCGGCCUUAACCCGUUUUUCAACGAAAGAAAGUUAAAGCAUAUAAGAUAGAACUCGUGCCGUGGAUUUCAUUCUCAGUGUUUCGGACUGUACAAUGGUGGAGCCGUGAUCCAAGUGCGGGCUACAGCAAGUGAAGUUAAAGACAAUAAAAAACAAGUGAUAUUGAAUCAGCAAUGAUGAGCAACGAGCCGACGCUGACGGAGUCGCCGGUGCCGCUGGCGCUGGCGCGGCUGCAGGGGCGCGGCGGCGGCGGGCGGCUGCGCGCGCACCGGCCCAGCCUGCCGCUCGCCAGCCUGCAGGAGGCUGCGGACGAGACGCCGCGCCGCUUCAGCGACGAGCUGCUGCCCGACGCCGCACCCGACACCGACGACGACGAGGCCUUCGAGGACGCCGCCGCCUCGCCCGCCAGCCAGCGCCGCGCCUCCGACGCCGCCUUCGCCGAGCGUUACAGGAAGCUCAAUGACUUCGACGGGCCCCCGCCCGAGGUGCCGCGGCGCGCGUCGCUGGCCGUGCCGCCGGCGGGGGACGCCCUGCGCGCCGACAAGGGCCGGCGCCGCUCCUGGGCCGCCAAGCUGCAGCUGGAGCGCAAGAAGCGCCGCACGUCGGGCGGCGACACGGACGAGGAGGACCCCGCGCCCUACGCGCGCCAGAAGCGCCCCUCCUGGUGGAACGUGUUCGUGCCCGACAACGUCCUCAAGAGCAGGUCUAGGCGCGCCUCGCAGCAGCUGUCCCGGAGUGCGGAGAGCAUCGACCACGCGUACAAGAGGUCUAAGAGCCGCUCGGUGGACCACGGGUUCGCGGCGCCGUUCGACCUGGACGCGCUGCGCUCCAAGGUCGAGGGGAGAUUCGACGCCGUGCACAGAGGAGAUGACGAUGACCAAAUCAAGAGAUUGCCCCCACCACCGCCAAUUAAGACAAAGACUUACACGGUUCGCGACCGAGAGACGUUGACCUCCCUGGCGGCGCGCUUCGACACCACCCCCUCGGAGCUGACGAAGCUGAACCGGCUCGCCACGCAGUUCAUCUUCCCCGGACAGACCCUGCUCGUGCCGGAUAAGAGGAAAGAUGGCGACAAGGACGCGGACGGGAGGUCGGACAGCGGCGACAACACCUCGGAGUCCACGCAGGGCGCCCCCAGCGAGCCCGCCAAUGAAAAAGAGAUCCUGGAGAGCCUGCGCCCGUCGUCGCCCGAGGCUCCCUCGAGCAGCGCCGGCCCGCAGCGCUUCCUCAAGAUCAACGUGCGCCACAUCACUGAUGGACAGGGCGUGGUAUCGGGCGUCCUGCUCGUGACCCCGAACGCGGUGAUGUUCGACCCGAACGUGUCGGACACGCUGGUGAUGGAGCACGGGCCCGAGUCGUACGGCGUGAUCGCGCCCAUGGAGUACGUGGUCAACGCCGCCAUCUUCUACGACAUCGCGCACAUGCGCACGCACCCGCCGCACCACAACGCGCAGAAAGCUGAAAAUGCCGAGAUCUACUACAUGAAUAAACCUGAGCUAUCCCCUGGCAAAGACUCACUUCUAGUCAAAGACGAGACAUUCCCCGAGCUUCAAUCAGCCACACUCGAGACGGGCGAGGGCGAGGAGCGGCCGGGGUCGGGCGAGGACGAGCGCGGGGGCGCCGCCUUCCCCAAGGCCUUCGACCGGGACCUGGUCACGCCGACUGCGCUGCAGCAACAGUCGGUUGAGGAUCGACGGAAAUCACUGCUGGACCACCACUGGGCCAUUCCCAGCAAGGACAGGAACUCCAUUGAUCAAACAAGCGAGGUAUCAUCCACCGCAGACGUAGCCAAAGACGAGAGCAUAGACGGCUCGUCAGCUCACGAGCGCGCCGAGAGUACUGAGGGCGGGGACGCUCCGGAGGAGCCCCCGGCAGCCGACGAUGGCGCGCAGCACCUAGUGAAGCUGUCCUACCACGACUCUGGCAUCGAUAUUAGGGACCCCGUGUUGCACGUUACACCGGCUCAACAGAAGAAGGACAACUAUUUCCACCAUCACUACCACGAUUAUUACCAUGAGAUCUCCACUAUUUACGAGUCCCGGGAGCCCUCGGCCUCGGAAGACUGCGUGUGUGCCUACGAGUGUGACGUCACGUUCGAGAAGAAGUUUCUAGAACGAUUCCGCGGUCAUAGACCCAGUGACGUGUCGACUGUAACUGAUGAGGUGUACAGCGACGCCGACAUCGUGCUGUCAGCUGAUUGGGUGCCGCCGGUGUGCCUCCCCCGCGCCGAGCCGCCCCUCUCCGCACCCCCGCUGGGGGAGAACGAGAGGGUGCCGCGCAAAGCGAACGUCUCUUUCUCACUCGACGGAUCCAACGCACAGCCGCCGGCUAAGGAGGAGGUCGGCAAGCCGGAUAAGAAGAAUAAGAUGCUAAAGCGCCUCUCCUACCCGCUAUCCUGGGUGGAAGGCCUGACCGGGGAGGGCGCGGCGGGCGCGGGGCAGGGCUCGCAGGGCGACUCGCUGCCCACCUCGGCCGACAGCCACAACUCUACCAGCGUAUUCUCAAAGGUCUUCAACAGUUCCCCAAUGAACCUAGUGGAGUUCGGUACAGGACUGUUUCUAAGUAAAACUCCGUCGGAGGAGGCGCCUCAAGACGUUUUCUCUGCCUCGGGACGCAGUUCCCUCGGCGGGUUCGGGCGCUCCAACACCAAGAGCACUUCUUCAUCCAGCUCGGCCACGCAGCCCCGUCUGGACUACCGCAGCAUGGUGUCUGUGGAUGAUAUGCCUGACCUCUUCGCGUCGUUUGAUAAGUUAAUACCGCGUCCAGCAAGGCCGAGCGACGACCCGCCACUGUACCUGCGCCUGCGCAUGGGCAAGCCGGCCGGCCGCCCGCUGCCGCGCACCACGCCGCUCAUGAGCUACGGCCGCAAGCGCAUGAAGCCCGAGUACUGGUUUGGGGUACCGCGUAACCGCGUGGACGACCUCUUCAAGUUCCUGACGCACUGGGUGCCGGACCGGUACGGGCCGCUGGGCGACGUGGCGGCGCAGGGCUACGAGCUCAUCGACUCCGACACGGAGUGGGACGACGACGAGCCGCGCGCCGGGCAGAAGGGCGAACGCGCCAACAGCUCCGGAGACGUGACCGAGCUCACCAAGGAGUCAUGGGAGCUGUUGAAGGCGCCCUACGUGAAAAUCUAUUCGAUAAUGAAGAGCCAAGCGGAGGCGCUCGGGGACUCCCUGGGCGAGGAGCCGCAGCCCGAGGUGUUGUCGAUGAGCGAUGAGCUGCGGCGCGCGCUCUACUCGUCUGGGGCCUCGGUGGACAUGGAGUUCUGUCCGCCAGACCUCAUAGGCACCUCCGAGAUAUUCACGCUGGAGCACAGAGAGAAGCUAUGCGGCGUGCUACCGGCGCGCGCGCAGGGCUACAUGUGGUCGCUGGCCUUCAGCACCAGCCAGCACGGCUUCUCGCUCGCCUCCAUGUACCGCAAGAUGCAGCGGGUCGACACGCCCGUGCUGCUCGUCAUACAGGACACCGACAACAACGUAUUCGGCGCCCUAACCUCGUGCGCGCUGCACCCUUCAGAGCACUUCUACGGCACCGGCGAGUCCUUCGUGUUCUCCUUCCAGCGGGUGGAGCCGGCCGCGGGCGAGACACCCAAGGUCUCACCUGUCGAGGAGAAACCCAAGGAGGUGGAGGGUAAAGAGGAGGAGGCCAAGGAGGAUAAGGAGGAAGAGAAAGAAGAGCCACCAGCACCGAAGCCAGUGAAGACCAAGUUCAAGUACUGGGGCUGGACCGGGGAGAACAUGUACUUCAUCCGCGGGAACAACGACAACAUAUCUAUCGGCGCCGGAGACGGCAAGUUCGGUCUGUGGCUGGACGGCGACCUGUACCUGGGCCGCACGCAGGCCUGCGACACGUACGGCAACGAGCCGCUCUCCACGCGAGAGGACUUCAUCGUCAAGAUCAUGGAGUGCUGGACCUUCAUCUGAAUCACCCCCCCCUGCCACCUAUACCUACCACUUAUAGUCACCUUCUCUACGACCGAGGGAGUUUUCUACUUUACGCUGUGACUUGAGCUCCUAGUCAUACGUUUAACCCGACCAAUGUUUUCACCCUUGUCGAAUUUAGAGAAGGCUGUAGCGCGCGCGCGCCGCCGCGCCAGGCAAGUGCGUUAUACUAGUCAAUUGUCAUUCGUGAGUACCACGGGGAGCGGCCUCGGACGCCCCGCUAACGAUUACAUGUCAAUUCAAACAAUUACUACUGUGCGUUGUUGUAUAAGAAAAUUUAAAUAUAUUGAAGAAAAAUAUUUGUAAUAAAAAAAAAACUGUGUAUAAUGUUAUGUAGAAAUUUAUCUAACAGAUCAAUCAUUACAUGUGUUAGCGCCGUAUUAUUGGUGUUAUUAUUAACGAUUGAAUAGAUAUUGAAGUUAAUAGGUGCCGUAAACGGAAUAUCCAUAUCUUGUCGGAGGCCCCUCGGCGGCCGCAGCCCCGGCCCGCCCGGCGCCCGUGGGAGACCCUGCGACAGUAUUAUUGUACUAUGUUUGAAGUAUAAAUACUCAACUUUAUUACUGCUUACAAAUAAUACUUUUAUGUGACUUCGCGAAGCAGAGCUCUUCCUACGGGGCCCAGGCGUUUACUUGUAGUGGUUUUUGUAUAAUGAUUUGUCGUGUAUGAUUGUGUUGAGUCAUAAUGUUAAGUUAGUGGACGUAUGUUACACUUUCACUGUGAUUUGAGUUAAUAUGGUUGCAUUUUGUUGUAUAGUGAAGUUUCGUUAGUUAGCCGGUCUGACUAUAAGCUUAUUUCGUGCCGUGUACGCACCAUAGACUAGCGAGGAUUGUAAGUUUUGUUUAUUGAUUAAAUUAAGGAAUAUUUAAAUUAUUUUUGAUGUAACGCUUCAAUACAGAGAGUAGCCAAUAUUUAAUAUUAAAAAUAGUGGAGAAGUUUUAAAUAUAUAUCUUAGAAAGCUUGAUGAGUGUAAUCGUCACUGUGCUUAGUAAUUGUGUCACUUAGUGUGAUGUGCCGAGUCACCAGGACGGAUCAGACGGAGGAUGAAGUACAUGUUGAGAGCUUCUGAAGCUCGGAGCUGUGAGGUUGAUUUUUGUUCUGGAACUUCAACUAGUGGUUAACUGAAUGUGUAUAAUCUUAUGUUCCAUAUAAAUGUAUUCUCUUAGCCGAAGCCAAAUUGAAAGUUCCGAUAGUGUAAAAAUUGAGAUUAAUGGAGGCAUUUGGCCAAACCACUCGUUGAGCUGACCCGGUGGGCCGCGGCGUCCGCGCCACUGUAUUAGACAUACCUACUUACACUGUUACAUAUAGAUUGAGUGCAACAUAAAUGUAUUACCGCAGGACUUAGGUUUAUAUAAACUAUAUCGGCAUAAUUAAUUAUUGUUACAAAUUUAUGAUAUCACUAGCGUUGUUGAGUAGCAUUGAGAAAUUUAAUGAACCUAUUAUUUAUUAUUCACUAUCAUUUUAUUGGUGAAUUAAUGUCUAAGUUGUUAAAAUGUCAUCAAGCCAUAAUAAUUGAAAAAUAUAUUAUUUUGAGAAAA